AUGAGUGCCCAUGUCGUCGUGAUCGACGCGACGGCCAGGCGGGCAACCAUCAAGACCACACCCGGCAAACACUUGACCGAUAUCUUACAUGAAGCCUGCUCCAAGCUUGGUUAUAACUCCAGUCAAUAUGGAUUGAAACACAAUCGCAAACAGCUUGAUCUUUCUCUAUCCUUUCGUCUAUCCGGCCUCAGCUCUGGUGCAAAGCUGGAGCUUGUCCAAGCGUCUCGUUCCCCCUCUGUCGUUACUGUCGGCUUGCAGCUCCCCGAGUCCGAAGUUCGUGGCGCUCCGAAUGGCCGUAUACUUGACAAAUUCCCAAGUACGACCACGCUUUGGCUGGUGCUGCGCAAAUUCGAGGCUGGAGUGGCAGGAAGCGGCUUAACAAGGAACCUCACUUCUCGCGCAGUGCCCUCUACAGGCGACGCCUCGGGUGCUGGACGUUUGAACUAUGAGAUUCCUGUGCUUCAAAUAAUGGAGCGCGAAGUCUCAACCUUCACAGACUUACAGAAGACAUUGGCCCAGUUGGGGUACAACAGUGGAAAUGUCCUCAUUCGACUUAGCUUCCGACGAACUGAACAACCCAUCGAAGAAGCGAUGGCUCAUAUUGGCGAGUUCUUCAAGACCGAAGACGAGACCCCUCCAACACAAGAUACAAAUACGGCGCCCCCGGUGGUCCCCGCCGAGGUCAAGCCGGAUGACUCUGCUCAGCAGUCAUCCGAGCUGCCCGAACCUGAGUCCUCGGGCGUUCUUGCCGCUCCGUCGGAGCCUCUUGCUUCUCCCCCAAGUACCCUUGACCCGGCCACCUCUACAACCGAAUCUGGCCGCAAUGUCACUGUCUUCUCGCCUCCAUCCGAGAGUACACCUUCAUCGGCACAACUAGCAUAUAACGAGAAUGAUUAUGUGCCCUCGAUCGAACACGCACAACUGCAUCAACGACUCCUCAACGAAUCGUCUCGUAACCAGCGCCUACCCACCCACGCAGAGAUGGCUGCCAAGGCGAAGGAAGACGAGGCAAGGCAAGCAGCAAUCCGUGAGGUGGAUGUCAAAGUCCGCUUCCCGGAUCAAAGCCAAGUAGUGGCCAAAUUUGGGGCCUCGGACACUGGUCAUUCACUUUAUGAGUUCGUGCGGGGCUGUCUUUCUCCUCCGUUUGCGAAAGAGAACUUCCACUUGACCGUUCAUAUUGCGUCGCGCUCUCAGCAUGCAAGUGAAAUUUCCUCAUCAGAUCAGAAACUGUUGAUCAAAGAUAUCAAGCUGGUCGGAAGGGUGCUUAUCAACUUUUCCUGGGCUGACAAUGCUGCUCCCUUUGUGCAUGAACGUCGAUCAGAGACACUUCGUCCAGAACUUCGAAGCCAGGCCCAGCAGCUCAAGGUAGAACAGCCACCGGAACCCAAAGAAGAGGAGGUGGUUCCUUCGCAGCCUGGGCCUAGCAGUGCCUCGGGGGAUGCAAAGCCUAGCAGUGCGCGAAAGCCUGGUGCCAUGCCUAAAUGGCUGAAGCUAGGCAAGAAAUGA